AUACAAUGCCGCAAAGCGCAAGGCUGAUCUCCGUCUCCGCCCCCAGCCCCUUUCUCCUAGAGGAGGUAGCCGAGUUGGGGGCGGGCUGGGAGGGCUGUCGGUGGGCCCGUCUGCGUAGCGACGUCGCGCCCCCUGCGCACGGACGCCGGGAAGAAGGGGGUGGGGACACGUUUGCGUCCGCGCCAUCGGGCCCGAGAUAGCGGCGAGGUCCGCUUUCAGUGGAUGGUUUUCCCUGCCAAACGGUUCUGCUUGGUGCCAUCCAUGGAGGGCGUGCGCUGGGCCUUUUCCUGCGGCACUUGGCUGCCGAGCCGAGCCGAAUGGCUGCUGGCAGUGCGAUCGAUUCAGCCCGAGGAGAAGGAGCGCAUUGGCCAGUUCGUCUUUGCCCGGGACGCUAAGGCAGCCAUGGCUGGUCGUCUGAUGAUAAGGAAAUUAGUUGCAGAGAAAUUGAAUAUCCCUUGGAAUCAUAUUCGUUUGCAAAGAACUGCAAAAGGAAAACCAGUUCUUGCAAAGGACUCAUCGAAUCCUUACCCGAAUUUCAACUUUAACAUCUCUCAUCAAGGAGACUAUGCAGUGCUUGCUGCUGAACCUGAGCUGCAAGUUGGAAUUGAUAUAAUGAAGACUAGUUUUCCAGGUCGUGGUUCAAUUCCAGAAUUCUUUCAUAUUAUGAAAAGAAAGUUCACCAACAAAGAAUGGGAAACAAUCAGAAGCUUUAAGGAUGAAUGGACUCAGCUGGAUAUGUUUUAUAGGAACUGGGCACUUAAAGAAAGCUUCAUAAAAGCCAUUGGUGUUGGACUGGGAUUUGAAUUGCAGCGGCUUGAAUUUGAUCUGUCUCCAUUAAACUUGGAUAUAGGCCAAGUUUAUAAAGAAACACGUUUAUUCCUGGAUGGAGAGGAAGAAAAAGAAUGGGCAUUUGAGGAAAGCAAAAUAGAUGACCACCAUUUUGUUGCAGUUGCUCUUAGGAAACCCGAUGGAUCUAGACAUCAGGAUGUUCCAUCUCAGGAUGAUUCCAAACCAACCCAGAGACAAUUUACUAUUCUCAACUUUAAUGAUUUAAUAUCGUCUGCUGUUCCCAUGACACCUGAAGAUCCUUCAUUUUGGGACUGUUUUUGCUUCACAGAAGAAAUUCCAAUACGAAAUGGUACAAAGUCAUGAUGAUUCUCUGAGUAACAAAGGAAAUGAAAACUGUUUGUAAUCUUCCGUAUUCACUGAAAAAUAAAUGCUUGUUUAGUAUCAAAUUUUAUUUCACGGAAGUUUUUUUGAAGAACAGAAACUUUUCCAAUUAAAAAAAAAAAAGCAGACUUCUGGUUCAAGAUAGCUCACUGGAAUACAUGUUUACCUCUUUCUUUCCUAAAUUGCAUUGAAUUGAUAGGAAGGAUGGCGGGAUCUUAAAGUGACACAUGCUAACUGUAGAAAAAAAUAGAAAAUGCACAUAAGCAAAAGGAAACAUUUAAAUGCUAUCUUUCAAAGAUAACUACUCUUAAAACCUUCAGUAUCUUUUCAGACCUUUUUCUUGGCAAAUGAAUCCAUAUUGACAUACUUGAUUUUUUUAAAAACAUGGAAAUGUACUGUUUUGUAAAUUUUUUUUAACUGCACAUCUACUGUUCAUAAAUAUACCUCUGUAACAUAACUUUUUGUGGUUCUAACGUACUCUGUUGUAUAGCUAAUACAAGUUAGGAUGCUUUUGGCCAGAGGUAACAGUGUCCAAAUAUAAUUGGCCUAAGUAACCUAGGAAAUUGUUUGACAUAACACAGGGUUCAGGGGUGUCAUUAAAGACACACUUUUUUUGCCUUGACCUCAGUUGGUUUGUUUUGCCUUAGGCUAUUCCACCUCUCGAUCACAAGAGCUGCUGCUAUAACUUCCAGUUUUACAUCUUUGUAAAAUUGUAUCUCAAAGGCAGAAAAGGCCAUUUCGUCUCUCAUUUGUUUUAUGCAUGAGGAGGACUUUUAACAAAAGCCUUCAGAAGAUUUCCCCUCAGUUUCCAUUGACUUAGAUCAGGUUACAGAAAAAGGCAAUGUCUGACAUUUUUAGUCUCUGGUAGAAGUAGACUCUGUUGAAAAGAAAGAAGCUAAGCUAGGUGUGAAGAAUGGAAUUGGAAGCCCACUGCCUUCCCAUAAGAAAGGUUUGCCAUAAUUUACUCACUUUUUUCUGUGUUAGACAUUUUGAUGAUCUGCAGUUUAUUACUACAAGAAGUGGCAGAGUGAAUGUCCUUGUACAUUUUGAGUUACAUGCUUAAUUAUGUCCUUGAGAAAGUUUCUAAAAGUGGAAUGAUUGGUUUGACUGGUUCAUAGGGCUUUAAUUGUACAAUUUACCCCUCUAAUUAGUACUAUAUGUAUGUGACUUCCCUCCUCCCACCAGAAUACUCCUUGGUCAAUUGUAGGUAUUCUUUUUGAUUUAAUUUUUGCCAAUAUAAUUAAAAAAUGGUAUGUCACUUUUAAAAUUGGUAUUUCUUUCAUUACAAAUAAGGUUGAUAUGUCAGUGUUGUUAUUGGCUUUUCGUAUUCCUCUUAACGUGAACCGUCUGUUCAUUGUCUUUACCUGUUUUCGUUUUAGCAAGUAGUACUUAAUUUAAAGUGUGAACAUAAUAUAUAAGAUGCCAGGACCAUCAUAUUGAUGACAAAAAUCUAUUACGUGGUUGUAGUGCAUGUCUUAGAGUUAAACUCUUAAGUAUCAAGAAGUAAAAUAAUUUCAUCGUUUCUGUUACUAACAUUAAAAGUGUGCAAAUUGUAUAAAAUUAGGUACUUUGAUUAGUAAAAGAAAAAAAAUUGAAUGUUUUAUAUUUUAUUUUAUUAAGCAUGCCCAGUUAUGCCAAGCAUAGUAAAUAAAGGUCAAGUAGCAUUUAUAGCAGAGGAAGUAUUGUUAUCCCUAGCAUGAGUGUAAUGGUGAUAUGAAAAACUUUGUCUUGUCAUUAUAAUAAUAAAAAAAUGAACAUUUAUUAUGGAAUUUC